GUACCUUCACUGUGUUUCACAGUUUGACUCUUGUCUCUCUCUCUCUCUGUGUCUCUCUCUCUCUCUCUCUCUGAAUCUCUCACACCUGUGACAGUGUAGUAAACUGUGUAUGUUACCUCAGCACAUGAUCGAAGUAACUACAAGCUCAGUGCAUUCACUCUCUCACAGAGCUCAAGGCAAGUUCAGUCAUAUUCAUUCAUACACCAAGGAACAAUCGCUGUUCAACAAGCACAGAUCUUCAACGCUGAAAAUGAUCCAUAUUGUUGGAGCUUGAAGCAUUUUAGGAGGGUUUUAUUUUGUUGCAUUUCGAGAUAGGCUUCUAUAGUGGUAUGAUAGUUCAGGUUACUAAUGGAGGAAAGCAACAAUAGAGGGGAAUUUCUGGCUAAACAGUCUUCACUAAGGUCUGGUGGUGGCAGUUUUAAAUCAACAUUAUCAGGAAGGUCAACCCCUCGAAAUUCCCCAUCAUUUCGGCGAUUUAAUUCAAUCAGAACACCGAGAAUAGAAGGAAGGGGUGGUGUAGGUGGUGGUGCACUGUGGUUUCGGAGUAACCGCGUGCUGUUGUGGUUGCUUCUGAUCACCCUCUGGGCUUAUCUUGGGUUUUUUGUUCAGUCCAGGUGGGCACAUAGUGAUAAGAAGGAGGAAUUUUCUGGUUUUGGAACGGGGCCGAGAAACACCAACUCAGAUGAUGAACCAAGUCACCACCGCGAUUUGCUAGCUAGUGAUAAUAGCUCCUUGUCUGCUAAUAAUGAGACAGAUAGAAAUAAAGCAGGUAUUGUUGGUAAAAUAAUAAAUGUAGCUUUGGCUAAGAAAGAAAAUGAUGUUCCAUCUCAAAGUAAAACUAAAUCAAAGAAGAGGAGCAGACGAUCUGUUCGCACUUCAAAAGGUAAAGCUCGUGGUAGUAAGCAGAAACGAACACCGGAAGUUAAGAACAGUGAUAUAGAGGAGCCGGAGCCAGAAAUUCCUGAUACCAAUAGUACAUAUGGAAUGCUUGUUGGCCCAUUUGGGGCAUCAGAAGAUAGGAUUCUGGAAUGGAGUCCUCAGAAGCGGUCCGGGACAUGUAACCGGAAGGAGGACUUUGCGCGUCUUGUUUGGUCCAGAAGAUUUAUCUUGAUAUUCCAUGAGCUUUCGAUGACUGGAGCUCCGCUUUCAAUGAUGGAGUUGGCAACAGAGCUUUUGAGCUGUGGAGCCACUGUUUCUGCUGUUGUGCUUAGCAAGAAGGGUGGUUUGAUGUCAGAGCUCACUAGAAGGCGAAUCAAGGUUCUUGAGGACAAAGCAGAUCUCAGCUUCAAAACUGCAAUGAAGGCUGAUCUUGUGAUUGCUGGUUCAGCUGUUUGUGCAUCAUGGAUUGAACAAUACAUUGAACGUUUUCCUGCUGGUGCGAGCCAAGUUGCUUGGUGGAUUAUGGAAAAUCGUCGAGAGUACUUUGAUCGUUCAAAGGGUGUCUUGGACAGAGUAAAAAUGUUGGUUUUUCUAUCUGAAUCACAAUCUAAACAAUGGCAAAAAUGGUGUGAGGAAGAACGCAUAAAACUAAGAGCCAGCCCAGAAAUUGUUCCAUUGUCUGUUAAUGAUGAACUGGCAUUCGUAGCUGGCAUUCCUUCUACGCUUAACACUCCAUCCUUCAGUACAGAGAAAAUGAUUGAGAAAAGGCAGUUGUUGCGAGAAUCAGUCCGAGGUGAAAUGGGCUUAACAGAUAAUGAUAUGCUUGUGAUAUCUCUGAGUAGCAUCAACCCUGGUAAGGGCCAGCUAUUACUUCUUGAGUCAGCAAGCUCAGUAGUAGAAAGUGGACAGCUGCAAGAUGAUGAGGAAAUGAAAAAAUCAACAAAUAUAAGGGAAGGUCUAGCUACCGUGACUAGAAGGCGGCGUGCUCGAAAAUUGUUACCGUCAUUGAAGGGUGGAAAAAUGACUUCCUUAAGCAGAAAGAAACAAGUGUUGGCUAACAUCAAAGGAACAAUGCAACAAUCACUCAAAGUUCUCAUUGGUUCUGUUGGAUCUAAAAGUAACAAGGGGGAUUAUGUUAAAGGCCUUCUGAAUUUCUUGGCACUGCAUCCAAACACUUCAAAAGCAGUUUUGUGGACUCCAUCCACAACACGGGUUGCCUCACUUUACUCUGCUGCAGAUGUUUAUGUCAUAAACUCUCAGGGUCUAGGAGAAACAUUUGGAAGGGUGACUAUAGAAGCAAUGGCGUUUGGUCUUCCGGUUCUUGGAACGGAUGCUGGGGGAACUCAGGAGAUUGUUGAGCACAAUGUUACAGGCCUUCUACAUCCUGUUGGACAUCCAGGGAGUGAUGUCCUUGCGCGGAAUCUCCGGUUUUUACUUAAAAACCAGUUGGUAAGGAAGCAAAUGGGAACAGAAGGAAGUAAGAAAGUGCAGAAGAUGUACUUGAAACAACACAUGUAUAAGAAAUUUGUAGAGGUCAUUGUCAGAUGCAUGAGAAGCAAAUAAGUGAGAGCUGCUUGGUGCUCUUAUUCUUUAAUUGGAUUCACAUUACAUAAGCCCUUUGCUUGAGUAUCAUGUAUUGACUAUUGAGUGUUUUUUUGGUCUAGUACUACUAUAAAUUGAACAACACUGAACAUAGUCAAUGAAAGUGAAAGAGUAUCGGUGGUUA